ACCCCAGGGGUGUCCGUGGGGCCGGAGGCCGUGGCGAGGACGCUGUGUAGGGAAGGAGCUUGCUGCUGUCGCUUCCUGGUCUGCUUGUCAUGUGGCUGCUGACGGCACAGGGACGGAACGGCUCAUGGCUCACGGCUCGCUCGACCGGGAACACGAAACUCCUGGGCGCUCGCAGCCCUGCCCCGGCGCUCCCAUGGCCGAGAGCCCCGCUGCCCCCCGGCCGCCCGGCCCCGAGCUCCCGGCAGAUGGAGAUGGUGCUGCUGCCCCCAUGGAGACAGGAGCCCAGCUGGGUACACCCCCGUGCUUGCCCCCAUCCCACCCUCCUGUGGAGGAAGAUGACUUCCAGUUCAUCCUUUGCGAGGGCUGCCGGCAGGAGUCACCCAACCUCAAGCUCCUCACCUGCCUCCACACCUUGUGCCUUGGCUGCCUGAGCGAGAACAAACCCAUCGGGCAGUGCCCCGUGUGCUCCACGGCCAUCCCGCAGGCCAGCGGCAUUCCCGACAUGGACAACCUGCUCUUCAUCAACCUGCAGGCCAGGCUCAAGGUCUACAAGGAGCUCAGUAGCAGCAGUGGCCCGAGCUGCAGCCGGUGCCGGGUGAAAACGGCUGCGGUGUGGUGCUCUGAGUGCGAGGAGUUCCUCUGCACCAAGUGCUUUGAGGACCACCAGUGGUUCUUCAAGAAGAAGAGCCACAGGGCCAAGAGGGUGGAGGAACUUCGUGCUGAGUCUGCCCACCAGUUCCUGGAAGACAACAGGAAGUCCUGCAGCCUCUUGUGCUCCACUCCUGGUCAUGCUGAGCAGGGGCACAUCUCCAGCAUCUACUGCCAGCAGUGCGAGAAGGCGCUGUGCUGCUCGUGCGCGCUGCUGGACAGCCGGCACACGGCCUUCUGCGACAUCCGCAGCGAGACCCAGCGCCGGCAGCAGGAGCUGGGCACCGUCACCCGCGCCCUGCGGCACCAGCGCGGCGGCUUCGAGGCCACGUGCGCGGCGCUGCGGGAGGAGGCGUCGCGGCUGGAGCGGGCGCAGCGGGAGCUGCGGGAGCUGAUCCGGCAGCGCGUGGAGCAGCUGGUGCGGGUGCUGCGGCGCGAGGAAGAGGAGCUGCUGGGGAUGCUGGAGGCGCGGCAGGAGCAGGGCCGGCGGGAGCUGGCGCGGGAGCUGCAGCGCGUGGAGGGGGUGCUGCGGCGCAUGGAGGCGGGCGAGCGGCUGGUGGAGAAGAUGGGCCUGUACGCCACGGAGCAGGAGGUGAUGGACAUGCAGCCCUUCAUCAAGGGCGCGCUGCAGGACCUGCAGCAUCUGCAGCCGCCAGAGACCAGGGGCAGGACGGAUGCUGGGGACUUGGCCGAGUGCAGAGCCCGGCUGCAGGCGCUGGUGGAGCGCGUCACGGGGCACCCAGACACUAAUUCCCAAGCUGACCCUGUGGCCGAGUUGUCCCUGGAGAACAACCUGCAAGAGGAGCCCGUCCAGCCUGAGAGCGAGAGCAUCAUGUCCACCUGCACCAUCAGCCUUGAGGAGAUGCAGAGGAGCCCGGCUGACCCUGUCACCACAUGGCCCAAGCGGACGUCGCACUGCUUGGAAGCGGAGAGCCAGACCUUACCCAAGCUCAUGAAGCUGGAAGGCAACGACACGCCGGGCCCCAGCAGUCCCACUUCAAACCAGUGGAAAGACGAAAGGGAGCUCAGAACCUCCACACCGGACCAGAACUGCAUCAGCAUCCCUGCCACCAGCAGCCAUGUUGUUGAUGCAGCCUUGAAGCUUCAGCAUCCUCCUGUUCCUUCUGCAGAAGACACCAGCAUCGUCAUCUCCAGCUCGGAGGACAGCGAGGAAGACACGGUGGCUUCCAUCAAGCCUGAGAAGAUCAAGAACUCUUCCAGCCCCACAUGGUCCAGGAGUGGCACCUCACCCCAUCACAGCACCGGCCCCAACAGCCCCAUGGAUGACGAGUCGGAGCUGAGCACCUUAGUGUUCCUCAGCUUGAAAACUGAACAGAGAACCCAGCGCAUCAUAGAGGUGGCAGCCACGAGCGGAGAGCACACCUUCAAGGCACUCAUUCAGACACCCGAGUCAGUGCUGGCGCUGCUCUCGCAGGGUGUCUCCAUGGAGGUGAUGAUACAGAACCUCCUCUGGUACCUCUCCCUGUUCCCCAGGCCAGUCCUCGUUGUCUAUAACUUCUGGGCACCAAAGCUGCCCGCUCUCUUUAAAGCCCUGGAUGCCGCCGGCAGGAAGGUGGACUUCUGCCAUGCUGUGCGUGGUUAUGUGGAUAUGUUGCCCUUGGUCAAAGAGAAAACACCCAGAGCCUCUUCCUACAAGUUCAGGAACCUCCUGAGGAAGCACAAGCAGCAGCAGCGCAGUGAGGGCAGCGCGCUGACUGCGGCCAAGGCCUUGCAGGAGCUUUGGGGAGCGCUGGAGCUCCCUGCCUGUGCUGAGGCGGGGAUGCUGCUCACCCACUGCAACCUGCAGAGCUACACCACCCUGCAGGCCCUGGUGCAGGAGAAGCUGCUCACCAGGAGGGCAGCCAAGGUCCUGGCUCUGCGCAACCUCAUCUUCUGUGAGCUGGAAGAUGUGUGAGGACGAGCGUGCGGUGAGCUGAGCUGGUUGGGGCUCAGGCUAAGUGUGCCAGGGAUGCUCACAUCAGGAAGGACUCACAGACCUCUGCUCCUUAUCAAAUACAUACCUUUACAAAACACAUUA